AAAAUAUUCUACGCAGUGUCUUCCUCGUCUCUUCAAUUUGUUUUCUCUUGUCUGCGUAAUGUCUUCAUAAUGAUCACAGAUCGCAUUCGUUGCGUGAAUCGCAAUCGUGCAUUGUUUCGAAAAAAUAAAAGAAGAAUCGUGAAGUAGAGUCAGUGUUUGUUCGUUAAUUUCACUUUGUCCGGUGUGUCGCGAUUUAAAUUGAUUUUUAGAAGUAUGCGGGCUUGUAUUGACUGCGCGCAAAGCGGUCAUAGAGUCACAAUGUUCUCUCUCGUAUAAAGUUUUCUUUUUCUUUCUCUCUCUCUCUCUCUCCUUUUUUUAUAUUUUUAUUUAUUUCAGUUGUCAGACAGAUCGUACAUAUACAUAUACGUAUAUAAUAGCAGAGAUUUUAUAAUUAAAUUCAGUGUCGUCUCGUUAGUUAGUAAAUAAUUAUCGCGUGUUUAGAGUCAAAGUGCAUCAUUGAAGAUCUAACAUCAAUAUCCAGAAACAAUUUCAACGAAUGCUUGAUGUUCCUCCAACUACGUCACAUAUUUGAGCUGAUACGAAUCACAACCUCUCCUUUAAUUUCGAGUUACAACGUGGACGAGUGUUUUGGAGCCAUCAGAGAGCUUCGAAAUUAGGGCGCUCGAUGUUGCUAUAUUAUUGACUGCGGUAGAGGUUCUACGAACAGAUCAGUUUUGUGGUUCGUACCGGUAUUACGGAGAUCUUAUUAACGCGGGAUAGAACACAGAGGAUAUUAUCAUCAUGGAUUUGCGAAAAUUUUGUCGAAAAUUACCAAAGAUCGAAUUACAUGCCCAUUUAAAUGGUUCUCUCACUUUACCGACAUUGGAAAAAAUAUAUAGAAUAACAAAUACGGAUAAUAUGGGAUUCGAGAAAUUUGUACAGAUUAUUCAAGCCAAGGGAGAUUUGAAAGAAUCUUUCAAAUUAUUCAACGUUAUAUAUUCGUUAACAGUUAACCCACAAGCCAUUUAUAUUGCUACAUGCGACGUAAUAAAGGAUUUCAUGGAGGAUAAUGUUAUUUAUUUGGAAUUAAGAAGUACACCACGACAUGUACCGGGACAUAUGACGAAGACGGAAUAUAUAGAUGCCAUGAUACAAGGUGUAAGCGCAUCUAAAAGAACGUGUCCUAAUAUAAUCGUUAAAUUGUUAAUAUCUGUCGAUCGUGCUCAAGAUUACGAGAAUGCCAAAGAAAAUUGUAAUUUAGCGAAAAGUUAUGCGGAAAAAUAUCCUGAUCUGAUAAUUGGAGUUGAUUUAAGUGGAGAUCCGGUUAAGGGAAAUUUGUAUCUCGAUCUUUUAUACGAAGUACGAAAAGCUGGCCUGAAAGUUGUAAUACAUUGUGCUGAGAUCCCUAACAGAGCGGAUACAUGGGAUGUACUUAAAUUUCGUCCAGAUAGAUUAGGUCAUGGUACUUGUAUACAUCCUAACCUUGGAGGAACAGUUGCCACGUUUGAUUAUUUACGUAAAUCACAAAUCCCUGUUGAACUCUGUUUGACCUCUAAUAUUAUAUGUGAAACUGUAUCGUGCUACGAAGAUCAUCAGUUUAAAUAUCUGUACGAAAGUGGACAUCCUAUAUCUAUCUGCACCGAUGAUAAAGGAUUGUACAACACAACUUUAUCCAAAGAAUUUGAAAUUGCGAGCACCACCUUUGAUCUUAAAAAAGACGAUCUCAUCAAUAUUUGCAAAUCAUCGAUAGAGUGUUCUUUUAAUUCUGAGAAGGAGAAAUUAAAGUUAUUAUCUAUUUUAAACGAUUUCGGUAAAAAGGGGAAAACGUUGAGUAAACAUCCUUAAGAAAACAAAAUAAAUAAUUAACCUUUAGUUCACCUUCAUGAAGAAUUAUGGUAUCUCGUUCUAGAAGUCAUUAAAGGAUUAAACAUAUGAAUUAUAGACGAAAUAAAUUUAUCAUUCAUAUGAAAUCGAAAUGAUAACAAUUUAUCCUUUAAUUUUUUUUAUUUUCUUUUCCUUUUUUAAUCAUGAUCGCCGUUUCAUGAAUAUAAAGAA